AUGCUCUUCAAUCUCUCCAAGGUCGCCGGCUUGGCGCUGGUGAUUGACGCCGCCUCCGCUGCAGCUAUCACCGUCUCCGCCUCCAAGGACGCUGGCUCGACUUCAUCGGACAUCUUUCCUCCCAAGAGCACGAGUGUCAACAGCAAGCAAUUCCCCGGUGAGGAUGUCGUUGGCUUUCCUGGCCCAACUCCAACGGGUGAAGAGGCUGCUGCUGCCCAGACAGCUCCUCUCUACCCAUAUAACACCGGCCCAGCCAAGUCCUUCCCGCUGGUCGCCCCGCAGCCUAAAGGUUCGUCUGCUUUCGAUGGCAACUUCGACAUCACCAAAUACUGGGGCAAUCUCAGUCCUUGGUACUCGGUCUCGUCAGCCGAUUAUGGCCUUCCCGAUGCCAGCCCCUUGAUUCCGGAAGGUUGCACCAUCAACCAGAUGCUACUGCUGUACCGCCACGGUGCUCGUUACCCUACAAGCGGCGCCGCACCGUCCACAUUUUCCGCCAAGGUCGCAAAUGCCACUAAAGUUGGCUUCAGCGUCACGGGCGAACUCAGCUUCUUAGCGGACUGGACAUACAAACUCGGCGCUGAGCUACUGACACCCUUCGGCCGUAGCCAGAAUUUCCAGCUUGGUGUUGAGUACCGUCAGCUCUAUGGCGAGCUCCUCAACAACUUCACUGCUCAGGGUGCCCUUCCAGUCUUCCGCACCGAGUCUCAGGACCGUAUGGUCAAGACUGCGGAGAACUUCGCUGCAGGCUUCUUUGGUGUCCCGGAGUACCUAAAUCAGGUUAACAUUGAGAUUUUGGUCGAGAACUCGACCGUAAACAACUCGGGCGCUCCAUAUGAUGUCUGCCCCAAUUCCAACAUUGCCAGUCGUGGAAGCAUCGGAAGCACGGUCGCUGCUCUCUUUGCCCAGAACGCCUUUAAUGCCACCCUGGCUAGAUUGAACUCUGAGGCAUACGCCAUUGCUGUGCUCCAGCUUUGCUCGUACGAGACGGACGCCCUCGGCUACUCUGCUUUCUGCCCACUCUUCACUAAGCAGGACUUCGAGAACUACGAGUACUACUACGACUUGUCUUUCUACUACAACAACGGCCCCGGAGGCCCAGUUUCGGCCGCACAGGGCAAGGGCUAUCUGGAGGAGUGGAUCGCUCGGUUCAAUCACACCGUCCCACCAGCGAACUCUGCUUUGAAUGAGACCUUCGACAACUCUUCGACCUACUUCCCGCUCAACCAGUCCAUCUAUGCCGAUGCCACCCACGAGGUCGUCGUCCUCGAUGUCCUGACUGCGUUCAACUUGACUGCUCUAUUCGAUGGUCCAGCUCUAAACUAUACCCUCGGCAACGAGGGCCUCAACACCUUCGUCGCCAGCAAGCUCGUGCCCUUCGCCACCCACUUCACCACUCAGAUCAUGACCUGCCCGGCAAGGAAUCAGACCAAGCAGAUUCGCUUCAUCGUCAACGAUGCGGUUGUUCCAGUCUCGAACUCGCACGCGGGCUGCCCAGUCGACCCCGACGGGCUCUGCGGAUUUGACACCAUGGUCGGCGUCUUGUCAAAGCGCGCUGCCGAGAUUGACUAUAACUACGACUGCUUCGCCAACUAUACUGCGAAGCCGGGUGUGAACUAUAACGGCCGUGCUCCUCGUUCAUAG